UAAGGGACAUGCAUGUUUGUUUACGUAUGUAUACAAGUGCAUUAGCACACCACCUGCAUCUCGAUUCAUCUGUGGUGCAGCGAUAUACAGUAUACUGUAAGUAGGAUAUCAUUUGUAGAUAAUCAAGUCAAAAUGUCAAAAUUUCCAGACCAAUUAAAACGCGACGAUAAUGAAAAUUGGAAUAUAACCUGAACUAUAGCAUCAAUACCGCAUUUAAAUCACACAGGCUUUUGUACUUCCUUGUCAAAAUUCUUAAGUGCAUCGGCGGACGUUUUACACGACGAGUCAACAUGGCCGAUGAGGGCUGAAGAGGUAAAACAGAUAGUAUGGAAGAUGACCACAGUCAAGUUAUCCAAGAACUGAAGACAGCCAUACAAUACAAUGAUUCUGAGGCACUGAGAGACACCUUGUCAUGUUACCCCGAGGCAGUAGGAGGCCUAGCCAUAGAUGGGGUGCCUCUGCUACACUACAUCUGUAAACAGCCAGGGUCGUGUGUGGACAUCCUCAAAGUGGUGCUGGAAGCCAGGGGGGUAGAUGUCAAUCAAACUAGUGACGAGGGGACCCCCUUACAAGUGGCCUGUAGAUAUGGAGCUGAUCAGUUGGUGCACGUUCUACUGGAUGCGGGGGCAUGGCUUGAGACAGACGAGGUCCCUGUAUAUGACAGUAACUCCCCGUUUUAUCUGGCGUCCGCCUACGGUCACUACGGGGUCAUAGAGAAGCUGUUUGUGUACCAGCCAAGUAUGUGUAAUACUUCAGCACCAUUGGUGAUAGAGGGAUACCGAGACCCACAAGAACUGGUGAAGGAGAUGAGGGUCAGGACGUGUCUCCUGUAUGCGGCCUGCUUGGGGGGUAACCAGAGGAUCAUCAAGAUGUGGCUCACCCCAGAGAUGGACAUCAACCACCCCCCGUACUACUCAAGCACCUCCUCCUUCUCUAUGGACAAAACUCCGCUGUACGCAGCCUGUGCUGGCAACCAUUUAGAAGUAGCAGAAAUGUUGGUAGGGUUUGGUGCAGAGGUGAAUCAAAGAAUUGUAGAGGACUUUCCUGAAAUCUCUAGCAAGCUGGUGAAAAACUGCAUCAGUGAACAGCAGAUGGAAUAUACACUAGAGGCUGGAUAUAGUGAGGAAUUAGUGCACAUAGCCAAUUACAGCCAUAAGGAGUUAGGAGGUUUCCAUGACUUCUGGAUUUCUGAUUACAAGAACAUCUUGGUGGAGCUCAACAUCAGCAAUAACCACAUCAGCCGGCUGCCAGCCAACAUACCCUGGGACCUGCCGUCUCUCAAGACGUUCAACGCCUCCUGUAACAAAAUCAGCGCCAUCAGAGUGGAUCCUCAGUGUACCAUCCUCUGUAAAAGGUUGGAAAACAUUCUCUUACAAGAGAAUCAAUUAGAAGAACUGUGUUAUGAACUUUUUCAACUGCCAGAGCUGAGAUACUUGAACGUGGCUCAUAACAAGAUGAGGUACAUGGUCAAGUCCCACCAAAGAUACGAAGACUGGAGAGUACUAAAACCAGACACUGACAAGCCAGAGUGGAGUUGUACAAAAUUGCGUUGCUUGAACGCCUCGUACAAUAACCUGGAAAUGUUGCCGACGGAGAUCAGUAGCUGUAGCGGUCUGGUGGAACUGGAUGCCAGCAACAAUAAACUGGUGGCCUUUCCUUCCCCCUGGGAAUGUAAACUGUCCACACUGAAUCUUUCUCAUAAUGUGAUGGUUCGCUUUGCUCCCAGUGUGGAACUCUUCUGGUGUGCAACACUGAAAAAGCUCCAUCUGGACUACAACCAGUUAGAAGAAAUGACAGAGAGCAUGGUCAAACUCUGUUGCCUGCAGGUGUUAAAUCUUUCCAACAAUAAGAUCAAUGUCCUUCAGCGACCGGAGGUGUGGGACUGUAAGAUGUUACAGAUUCUGGACCUCAGUGGCAACAGACUGGGGAUCCCUUCAGGGGACACGCCAUUACCCACCACAAAGUCCAAGUUACUGCCGAGGCGAAGGAGCAGACUAUCAAGCUGCAGUGAGAAUGUGUCUUCUAGGAUCGCCCUGCCGUCUUUUCUGGCUCAUUGCUUGAACGAGUUGAACCUGAGUGACAACUGCCUAGACUGUGUGCCCCCUUCUGUCUGUCAACUAGUCUCCCUGCAAACAUUGGAUAUAUCAAUUAACCCAGCCAUCAAGAGCUUACCAAAAGAGCUUGGGCGCCUGAGUCAGUGUAACAGUCUGAACAUCCAAGGGACUGGAAUCCCAGGAGGUGAGGUGUCCCCUUCAGCUGUAGAUUGCCACAUUUGGACAAAAAAAUAUAUUCAAGGUCUGAAUGAAAAACUGCGACAAAGCAAGGGGUACUACAGACUAAAACUGGUUGUUGUGGGUAAAAAGGACAAAGGUAAAACUGCCAUUACUAACCUGCUAGGCUGUAAAUCCAACUUUGAAAUCCAUGGGUCAGGAAUCCGGAGAGUGGAAACCACUCUUUGUCCAAAAAAAAAGAGUGGAAUUCUGGAUAAACUGUAUGCACGGACAUUUUUAAGAAUUCGGAAUGAGAAGGACCAGUCUAAGAGGCUGCCUAUAGAGCUGUGUGUGUGGGAUCUGGCUGGGGACGAGUGUUAUAAGGCCACACACCACUGCUUCUUCACCCCUAACUCUCUGUACCUGGUCGUCUGGGACCUCUGGUCUCUGGCCAAGGACAUGGAGAAGAUAGGCAAACUUCUGUACAGUAUAGAGGCAAGAAAUCCCCACUCCAAGGUCAUCAUAGCAGCAACCUUCUUGGACAAGAACAAUAGCCCCACCAGGGACGAGCAGGUGUCUGAGAUCAAAAGGAAGCUACUGGAGGCGUUUGGGAGUGCCUCAGAGAGAUACGGGGGGCUGUGCUCACAACUAGAGGAUGACAACAUCAUCCCCAUGUCCUGUACUACUGGGGCGGGUAUAUCCGAGUUACGAGAUGCCCUGUACAAUACUGCCUGCAAUAUGAAGGAGCUUGGCAAUAAGACCUUAGGAACGAGAUAUCUGCUGGGCAGAAGCAUUCCUAACAGCUACCUCCUGAUAGAGAAGGAGAUCUACCGUGAGCUGGAGAACAGGAUCAGGGAUGGCAAACCUCCAUUCCUGGUUCAGAGGGAACUGUAUGAGCUCAUUGAGAAUAUACCAAGCUGUGAUGUGGAGGUUCCCCAAGAGGUCCCCGAAGUGGUAAAGUUCCUUGUAACGUCUGGAGCAAUGCUUCACUUCAAUGAACAGUUACAAGGCUUGAAUAACUUCUUUUACCUGGACCCCACCUGGCUGUGUGACGUCCUCUCACAGGUCCUCAUUGACUCGUCACUAUGUCAGUCUAUGAAGGGAGGAAAAAUUGCCUUGAGCACAGUACAAGAGAUGUACCUCCAGGAUUCUAGGUUCCCCAAUGAGAAUGUCCCACAAUACAUACAGCUCCUGGAACAAUUUGAAAUUGCUCUUAAGGUUGAGUUGGACAGAAAGUUGUUCAUCCCCUCCCACCUUCACGCUAACCCUGGCAUGGACCUUCAGUUUCAUGGCCGUGAUGGUAAGCGAGUGUCCCGCCUCUAUCAGCUUGCUUUUAUUCCUAAUGGUCUGUGGAGUAGGCUGCUCUCUAGGAUCAUGUGUAGGAUUGAACUUCUUGCCAAUGAUUGGGUCCUCAGGUCCUCUGUAAGGAUCAAGCCUGGAAAGUCCUUCUACAGGAUCAAUUCUAAAACAAGUAAAGGUCUGAAGAUAAACAACAAAGACAUGAUAUACUGGGAGGAUGGAAUGUUUCUGAGACAUGAGAUGGGCCAUUUUAUGCUGGAGUCUGUACAAGUGAGUCAGAGGGAAGGGUACAUAACUCAUGGCAUCCUGAUCACUGUCCAGUCCCUAGAAGAGGACUACUCCAUCAUGGGGAUGAUUGUAGACGCGGUGGAAGAUCUUCUCAGUGAUCAUUACCCAGGUUUGAUGGACUAUGACAUGGUGGGUAGACCCAGAAUACAGAGAUUUGCCAUCUGUCCAGUGUGCUACACCAUUACCUCCAGCGUGCUGCCCUCCAAUUUGGACCACUUCACAGUGGAGCACUGUGCUCGCCUUCUGCUCUCCGGUGACAUGGCCUUGUGCAGGAGAGGAACCAAGGUCCCCCUCAGUCAACUCGUCCCGGAACUUCUCAUGCAGGAACUGCCCAGGAAAUUCCUGCUGGACUCGGAGAAACUUCAAGUUGAUCCAUCCAAUAAGAAGGCUUAUCUGGGGUCAGGGGUCACUGGGUCUGUGUUCAAGGGUAAAUACGGAGAUGUGGACAUUGCAGUCAAGUACUACCAUGGGGCUCCCUCUAUGUCAGGGAAGCAUUCUUUGGACAGCAGUUACUACUCUGGUGGGAAUAUCUCCAGUGUUGAACGAAACAAGCCUCUACAUAACGAUGAUGAUGACGAAGAUUUAGAUGACUAUGUUAAUGCCCCAAACAUGCAUCUAGAUAUGGACGAAGCUAGCAGCAUCAAGGCUUUUAGAGCUUUCAUGGAAAUGAGACAAGAAGCAGACGUGACCAGUAAGUUGGAUCACCCCUGUGUUGUAUCCUUUGUUGGUAUUUCCAUCCGACCAGAUCUGCUGAUGUGUCUAGAGUUAGCUCCCCUGGGUAGUUUGAGACGAGUGCUUGAUAAUGAGAUAGAGGGGAGAGAACCCUUCAACAAAUACAGGGACAAGGACAAAGUCUUCCUGCCAGUGUUCAGCAAGGAGAUCAACUUCAAGCUUGUUCAUCAGAUUGUUCGUGGUUUGGACUACCUACAUAAACACGACAUCAUAUACCGAGACUUAAAGUCGGACAACAUCCUGGUCACCAGUUUAGACCCAGAGGCACCAGUCAAUGUCAAGUUGUCUGAUUAUGGAAUUUCCAAGUUUAAUACAUCCGGAGGGACAGUGGGAUUGGUGGGAACACCUGGAUAUCAGGCUCCGGAGAUCAUGGAGGGAUUAGCCUAUGAUGAAAAGGUGGAUAUUUUCUCCUUUUCAAUGGUGUUGUAUGAGAUUUUGUCAGGAGAAAGACCUUAUUGUGAAUACAAAAACAUGGCACAGAUAUCAAGAGCCAUGAAAAUGGAGGCCAAAAGACCAAACCUCCAGGAUUUUAACAUAGAUCCACGCUUCCCUAUGCUGGAAAGGUUGAUGGAGCUUUGUUGGAAUCAGGAUGCCACCCAGCGUCCCAGUGCUAAAGACAUCCUAACCACAAGUCACAUGAUGUCCGCAGACUUCCUGGCCCAGCACAAACACUUCCCACGGGAGCUGGAGGAAGUUGACUUUGUCACCUCUGUCACUGAGUAUGGUGGUGUAAAGCGACAGGUGUGGGUGUGGGAGGGGAGUGGAGAUGACCGUUGCUACCACAUUCUGGAUGCCACCAUGUGCACAUAUCAGGCCUUCAGAAAACCACUGCCCGGGGCCACCGUCACAUGCAUGGACAAAAUUGGCAAACAGAUCUGGAUUGGAACAGAGGAUGAGCAGAUAGAAGUGUUUGGGCAGCAAGGAGUAGGGCAUCCUUCUUCACUGAAGAAACUAGACAACUUGGGGGCCACUCCUACAUGUAUUGAAUAUGUCAAGAAUGAGGAACUGGGUAAAAAGGUGUACAUUCUGCUAGGAGAUGGUCAGCUAAGAAUUUAUCAGCAUAUCAAAAAACCGGAGGUGAUUGAAGGGGAGGAGGUAAACCUCAGGCACCAGUUUAACUGGCACCUCAAAAAGAUCUUGAGGUUAUCCAAGAGGACCGCCUCCUGCCUCGUCUAUGUGAUGGAAACUGAGGAACUAUGGUGUGGCUGUGGCAGUGACAUUGUCAUAGUCAGCAACAGGACAGAGAUGAUAGAGAGAAGAAUUGAGAUCAACAAGGAAUGUCAGGCCAUAUUAGAGAAUAAACUUCCAGAUGUCAUGAAACUGGUUCACAUGGACUGCAGGAUAUGGGCACUCCUUGCCAAUAGCAGUGAACUACUUGAAUUUGAUACAGAGAUGGGCAUUUUGACGCAUAUUCUGAAAUGUGAUCAGAUCAAUCCACAUAAAAUGGUUGUUUCCAAAUACAUUUCUAACAGUUCUGUACAGGUGCAAGCAAUGCCCAUAUCCAGGAGAUUUUCAGUUUCUUCCGAUGAUUCAUCAUGUGAAAAAAUUUCCUCUGGAGAGUUUGAUAAGUGGUUCGAUGAAUCAUCCUCCAGUGCCAAUGCCCGUGCAGACAGUGAGAACAAUCCUCCCCCUCCCAUUCCGGAGAGAUGUGUUUCAGUAAGUGACCCACAACAUCCAGCUCUUUCCCCACCCCUGCCUCCAAGGCGGCCCACAAUGGCCAAAAAAUCCCAGACCCUUCCAGCCCGGGCCAGCCCACCCUCCUCUGGCUCACCAAUUCCCAGAAAUCGCCAUCCAAUUGUGAAUUCUGUUGCUGGUGUUGGGGACUCCAUCUGGGUAGGAAGAUCCACAGGAGACAUCUUAAUCAUCAACGUAAAAUCCAACGCUCAAUGUCAACACGGUUGUGUCAUGGCUGUCAUGAAAAAUCACUGUGAUAAACAACACAUCAUCCAUGAGGUUGAAAAACUGGUGACCGUCGAAAACCUGAUAUUUUCUGUAAUUAAGGCGGACUCUAAAUUCACAGAAAUCACGGCUUGGGAGGCUUAUGAUGUGGCUACAAUUCAGAAACUGGAACAAAUAUGGGCUCGUCCGAAAAGCAUGGUCUUCUUACGUAACAGUAAUACUGAUAAUGUAGUUGACAUGGGAGAAGUUUAGUAGAAAGACUUUAUGUGUGAAGAAAAAUAUAAAUGUAUUUUCUUAGUCACCAAAAACAAUCUGUGCAAUAUCUUUAUUACCUGAUAUAUAUCCUAUAUAUUCAUUUAUAAAGUACCUAUAGACUACUUAAAGCUUUCAAGAUUUUAUAUUUUACUCUUUGGAUUGAAAUUCUAUACAUUUUUUAAAAAUAAUCAUACAUUUUUAAAUUUACAAGAUGUAUCUUGCAGUAUUAUCAGAGGCAAUAAAGAUAAUUUUGAUAGCAAUAUUUAAAUGUGUUACUUGAGACCAGAUUUUCAUAAAUCUGUUGUAUACAUUAUAAAUAUAUACAAAUGAAUUCCUCAAAAAAAUCAUCUGCAAUUGUUCUUACAUACUCGAUACACAAUUAUUUUUGUGCAAUAACAUGUGUUAAUCCUAGGUAUUCUAAAUUCAUCUGCUGACCAUGCAUGUAUAUGAAUAGUUGAAAAACCGGUUAACUUCCCAGUACAAUUUUAGUUCAAUUUCACAUCUUAUUUUAUUUACCAUAUUUCUUAUUUACCAUAUCUGCUAGUCAUCAAUUUUUAUGUCUUUUCUACAAUGGUUGUAUGAAUCAUUAGAAUCUUUAUAUUUUGUGUUAGCAUGUAGUUCUAGAUCUACAUGAAAGGUUGAUUUUUUUAAACUGAAGAUAAUUAGAACUUUUGCAUGUACCAGGGUAGUUAUUUAUGUGGGAAUCUUCAAAUAUAGCUUAAAAUUCAAGUAAUUUACCAGUAACAUAUAAUUUGAUUGGUAAGAAUAAGUUAUUUAACAUCCCUUUUGCCUGUCAGGACAGGGAGCUUGUUUAUAAUUUUGAAAAUGAUUGAGAUAUGAAUGAAAGGGAAAAUCUAAACACCAGGCAAUUUACCAUCUUAUUGAUAUUACAUGUAAAUGUCUUUGAUAAAUUUUAUUUUAAUACAAGACCAUGUAAUGUUGUUAAAUGAUUUUCAAGCCUAGUUAAAACCCAAAUUUAAGAAAAUGUCAAUAAAGUGAUUGGGUAAUUACUAGAAAAUAAUAUAAAUUCUUUUUUUAGAUCUUAAACUGUAAUGAUUACUAGUACAAUCAUUUUAUAUAUCGGAGCACACUUUGACUUUUCUAAUAUGUUUCAUUAUAAUCUUUUAUAGCGAG